UUCCACUCCAUAUAUGAAUCACUCUCCACUCUCUGUACACCAAACUCUCUCUCUCUCUCUCUCUCUCUCGUUGAAGACAAUCACUUGUCGACAAACCUUGCUUUCCUAAUAUAACUCUGUAAAGCUCCUUCAAACAGCCGUUUGAUUGUUAAAUCAGAGCUCACAAUUAAUCGAAGGUACGUUGUUUGGAUUUCAGUGAUUCAAAUUUGGGGUGCUAGCUUUUCUGGUGUGUAGACAAUCUCCAUUGACGGGCUUUUUUGGAGCUUUCUUCUUGGAACAUUAUACGCACACGCACUCAGUAUUCUGAUUUAAUUUGGAGGGAGGUGAGAGAAGCAAUUUCUAGGGAAAAAGUUAAAAACGUGGUAAUAACUAAGAACGUCACAGGAAAACUUCAUUUUUCCCGCCCGUUGUUUCCGUCCAACUGAACGAGGUGUUAACAAAAUGCUCGGAUCCGUCAUCCCAAUUAUUCUCCUCUGCCUCGCGGCCAUUGCGCCGUUCCUGAAAGCCGACUACUUGGAAACGUGCUCGGGCAUCGUCCCGAUGAGGUACCGGAACGACAGGAUAUCGAUAACGGAUUUCGGAGGGGUGGGGGACGGACGGACGAUGAACACCAAGGCGUUUCGGGAGGCGAUUUUCCGGAUUCAGCAUUUGAGGAGGAGAGGGGGCACGCUUUUGUACGUACCGCCUGGGGAGUUUUUGACGGAGAGCUUUAACCUGACUAGCCACAUGACGCUGUACUUGGCCAGGGGUGCUGUUAUCAAAGCUACUCAGGAUACACAACAUUGGCCUUUGAUUGAACCCUUGCCUUCGUAUGGAAGGGGUAGGGAGCGCGCUGGAGGAAGGUAUAUGAGCUUUAUCCAUGGAGACGGGCUUCGUGAUGUGGUCAUUACUGGCGAGAAUGGAACGAUUGAUGGCCAGGGAGUUGUCUGGUGGAACAUGUGGAGGGAUGGAACCCUCCAAUUCACCAGACCGAAUCUUAUCGAAUUCAUGCACUCAAGGAGCAUUAUCAUUUCCAACGUCAUCUUCAAGAACUCCCCCUUUUGGAACAUUCACCCCGUCUAUUGCAGCAACGUCGUUAUCCGAUACUUGACCAUAUUGGCUCCAGCUGAUUCUCCCAAUACAGAUGGCAUCGAUCCAGAUUCAAGCUCUAGUGUCUGCAUUGAGGACUCGUACAUUUCUACGGGAGACGACCUUGUGGCGGUAAAGAGCGGGUGGGACGAGUACGGCCUUGCUUACGGUCGCCCAAGCAAGGACAUCACCAUCCGUCGGGUAACAGGAUCAUCCCCAUUUGCGGGAAUCGCAAUCGGAAGCGAAACAUCCGGUGGAAUCGAAAACAUACUGGCUGAGCACAUAGCCCUUUACAACAUGGGAAUAGGCAUCAACAUAAAAACCAACAUUGGUAGGGGAGGGUUCAUUCGAAACAUUACAGUGUCCGACGUGUACAUGGAAAACGUGCAGAAGGGGAUAAAGAUUGUGGGCGACGUGGGGGACCAUCCGGACGACAAGUUCAACCCGAACGCCCUCCCGGUUGUCAAGGAUAUCGCGAUUAAGAACGUGUGGGGUGAGAGGGUGCAGCAGCCGGGUUCGAUCCACGGGUUGACGAAUUCUCCAUUUACUGGGAUUUGUUUGUCUAACAUCAACCUACUUACUGGAACAGGGGAAAAGAGUACUCCUUGGCAGUGUGGCGAUGUUAGUGGCGGCGCUGUCAAGGUUAGCCCAUGGCCGUGUUCAGAACUCACCACCACUCAUCAAACGGGUGCUUGUUCCAUUCCUUUCUGAGGUUGUUUCGGGUUUAAUGGUGUUCCAAGUUUGUUUAACGAAUUAUUAAGAAAUUGAUUGGUUUUGCGCCCUCACCUUCUGUCCUUUUUUUCUUUAAGGUUGAGUUUUAUUCUUUUGAUUUGUUAAUGGGGUUGAGUUUCCAGGGAUGAAAUCUUCAUGAAUUUUUUCUCAUCUGCUAAUGCCAUGUUUCGGUCUAUCAGAACUUACAAGGGAAUGAAAAUUGAAUUUCGUUGAAUUGAA